AUGAAAGUGCAUCUCAAAAAGUACACGGCCGUAGCAACCUGGUCCUGGGACGUGGGCGAGAUCGGCGACGAAGAAACCUGUGGGAUCUGCUACAACCCUUUCGACGGGUGUUGUCCCGAUUGCAAGAUCCCUGGGGAUGACUGUCCUUUAGUCUGGGGAGAAUGCAAACACGUAUUCCACAUGCACUGCAUCGAAAAGUGGAUCGGGAAAGAACAUUCGCGUGAACAGUGUCCGAUGGACAGGCGACCAUGGCGAAUCCGGUCCGAUUGA